AAUCACAAUUUAUACUCAUAUAUUGACUGAUUGCUACAUUUUCUAAAAUCUCUACUAGAUCAUCCAAAGGUCAGGCAAUGACAACAAAGGCUUGCAAAUUCCUUUGCCUCGUUCUCUUCUUUGCCUUUGUCACCCAAGGGUAUGGGUCUGACGCCGGUAAUUUUUAUUCUCUCAAGAGCCUUUCGGUGAAACAAUCGAAGACCGGAAAAAUGGUAAAGAACAAACCGGAGUGGGAAGUGAAAGUGAUGAAUUCGUCUCCCUGCUAUUUCACUUUCACAACGAUGUCAUGUGUCGGUUUCCAAUCGGUCACUCCCAUCCCCGAUUCCGUGGUAUCCAAGUCCGGUGAUAUCUGUCUCCUCUACAAAGACUCGGCGUUCCAUGACUUCAGUUUCAAGUACGUAUGGGACACGAGCUUCGACCUCAAGAUCCUCUCCGGCAGCAUCGCUUGCUCUUGAUAUUUUCUACCCGGUUUGAUCCGGUCUUGCUUCAGUUCAUGUUAUUUUACUUACUUGGGCAUAUAUGUAAUUGAUGAUUUUUGUUGGCUUAAACAAAAAGUUGUCAGAUUCAUCUGCUUGAGAUUAAUAAAGACUUUUCAAACAAAA